AUGGGCGUGACCAUUCUUUCUUUUGUAGAUCUCCUUGGAUGGGAUGCACAUCUACCGUCAUUCGAUCGCUUUCUAGUGGCUCUGCUCAAGUCUAUGGGAGGCGAGUGGUUGGUGUCACCGUUGAGAGCCCAUGUCGAAGCGAUUGUGUGCGAUUCAUCGGUGAUGUCGCAGUUUGCUCCAUCGACACUUGCGCUUGCCGUAGUGAGUCUUCUGGUAGAGGCGACGAGCAAACAGUGGAUGCCGGCGAUUCAGACACAGGUCAAAUUGUGCAAGACCGACCCCUGUGAGCUUCUCCGUUGCCGUGAACGUCUGUCUAGUAUCUGGUCGCGCACAUUGGUUCCAUCCCUGUCUCCUUUUGAAUUGUUGUCACCGCCACUUGAACCACCAACGACUGUAACGACAACAUCGUGCCGCGGACCAUCGCUGGUUGUUACCGCGAGUCCAGGCGGCAAGACCACUACCACCAGUUCUGCCAACGAGGUGAUCACCUCACCCUGUGCACCGCAACCCACACCGUGCUGA